AUGAGAAGAGCAGUUAAUCAAAAUGGGAUCGAGUGUGGAAACUUGACAUGUUUUAACCAGGCAGCCUGCAGGAAUAUCAGUAAUGGUGAAAGUCGAUGUCAAUGUCUUGGUGGAUUUACGGGGAUAACCUGUGGGGAUGAUUUUGAUGAAUGUAGACUAGGUGACCCAUGUUUACACCGAGGAUAUUGUUUAAACAGUUUUGGAAGCUACAGAUGCAAGUGUUUAGAUGGUUGGUCAGGAGAGCAUUCCCAUUGCGGAAUAAAGGAUAACUCAACCACGGACCGGAAAUGCAUUCCAGGGUGGAUCGGAGAAAUGUGUCAGGACCGAUGUUUGAACGAUUCGAUGUGCCGAGAAACUGAAGUUUGUACAAAACGUGGGAGAGGACAUCGUUGUAUUUGUGCUACGGGAUGGCUUGGAAUUAACUGUACGACUGACAUAAACGAAUGUAUAAGAAAUCCAUGCCCAAAUAAUACCGUUUGUAUAAAUACAAAGGGAUCAUACACGUGUAAUUGCCUGUCUGGUUGGACUGGGAACAAUUGUGAUCAAGAUAUAAAUGAAUGUUCGGUUAACCCGUGUAAACAUUCAUCGACGUGCAUGAAUGCAUUAGGGUAUUACAAUUGCACGUGCGCACGUGGAUGGAAGGGACAAAAUUGCCAUAAAGACAUCGAUGAAUGUGCCAAAAAGCCAUGCAAUAUUUCGCUGCAAUGUAUUAAUAACCCUGGCUCAUAUACUUGUACAUAUAUUAACAAACAAGAGAUGCAAGACAAGGAAAGAACGUACAUCAUUGCUGGGUCCGUCACAGGUGUUCUGAUACUACUCAUCGGUGUUAUUAUUAUUCUAAUUUUUAAGCUCAAAUGGAAACCAGCAACAUUCAAUGCUGUCAGGGACGACCCGAAGCAGUAAACAAUAAACUAUUUGGAAAUAAGCAAAGCCAAUUUCACAAUAUAUUAUACGUUACAUUGAAAAUACGAACAAUUGAAAUUUGUAUAUUGACCUCAUAAAAUUUAAUCAUAACAUAUAUAAAGGAAAGAAAAAUGUUUUACAAUACAUAACGUGCAAAAUGUUGAUAAUAUGAUAAUAAAACUCAGCUCUAUAAAUGUAUAGCACUAUUGAUAAAAAACAUUAGUAGUGAAGUUUGUUUAUUAUUUGUCGUGAAAAUUGUUAGAAGAAAAUUUAGUAUAUUGA